AUGCAAUCGGGUAAAACUUUAAUUGCACGUGCCGUAGCUAAUGAAACUGGUGCAUUUUUCUUUUUAAUCCAUGGACCAGAAAUUAUGUCUAAAUUACCUGGUGAAUCUGAAUUUAAUUUACGUAAAGCAUUUGAAGAAGCUAAAAAGAAUGCUCCAGCUAUUAUUUUCAUCGAUGAACUUGAUGUAAUUGCACCAAAGCGUGAAAAAAGUCAUGAUGAAAUUGAACAUCCUAUUGUUUUACAAUUAUUAACAUUAAUGGAUGAUCUUCAACAAUGUUCACACGUGAUUGUUAUGGCGGCAACAAAUCGACCAAAUUCAGUUAAUCCAGCACUUCGUCGUUUUAAUCGUUUUGAUCGUGAAGUUGAUAUUAGUAUACCAGAUGCUGUUGGUCGUUUAGAAAUUCUUCGUAUACAUACAAAAAAUAUGAAAUUAGCUGAUGAUGUCAAUUUAGUUCAAAUAGGCAAUGAAACUCAUGGUUAUGUUGAAGCUGAUUUGGCAUCAUUAUGUUCAGAAGCUGCAUUACAACAAAUUCGUGAAAAAAUGGAUGUCAUGGAUUUACAAAACGAUACAAUCAAUGUUGAAGUACUCAAUGCAUUAGUGGUUACAAAAGAGAAUUUUCAAUUUGCACUUAAUCAAUCAAAACCAUCAGCUUUACGUGAAAUACUUGUUGAAAAACCAAGAACAACAUGGGAACAUAUUCAUGGUUUAAAAAAUGUUAAACGUGAAUUACAAGAACUUAUUGAAUAUGAUGUUGUAUAUCCGUACAGAUUUCUCAGAUUUGAUAAGAUACCAUUAAGUGGUGUUCUCUUGUAUGGACCACCGGGUUGUGGUAAAACAUUAUU